AUGAAGACCGCUGGUACUCUCGUCGCUCUGGCCGCCGCCGCCGGCACCGCCAUUGCCGCACCGGCUGAGGCCUCUGGCCUCACCUUCAGCGUGCCCGCGCACAAGAACCCCGUCCAGCGACACCCCAUCGCCGACGCGCACUACGUCCUGCGCAAGUACGCGACUCCGGAGACCAUCGAGGCCAUCGAGGCCGACCUGCAGGCGCGCCGCGAUGCUGUGCCGCUGAGCCUGCGCGGCGAGAACGCCACCGUCGGCGCCAACCCGCACGGCAGCACCCCCGGUGUCGACACCUCCUACCUCGCCGAGGUCAACAUUGGUACACCGCCGCAGAAGCUGCAGCUGGACUUUGACACGGGCUCCAGCGACCUGUGGGUGUUCAGCACCGACACCAAGUCGUCCGAGGUCAAGGGCCAGACGCUGUACAAGCCCGCCAAGUCGACCUCGGCCAAGCAGCUGCAGGGCGCCAAGUGGCGCGUCACCUACGGCGACGAGAGCCACAGCAACGGCAUCGUCUACCUGGACACGGUCAAGGUCGGCUCCGCCACCGUGACCGGCCAGGCGGUCGAGUCUGCCCAGGACGUCUCGUCGCAGUUCACCGCCGACUCGGGCAGCUCCGGCCUGCUCGGCCUCGCCUACGACAUCGGCAACUCGGUCACCCCGACCAAGCAGCAGACGUGGUUCUCCAACAUCAAGAGCCGCCUCGCGCAGCCGCUCUUCACCGCCCGCCUCAAGCACCAGGAGGUCGGGUCCUACAACUUUGGCUACAUCGACAAGGCCCAGUACACCGGCGCCAUCUCGUACACGCCCGCCUUCACUGACACGCUCGGCCACCGCCUCUUCAACGCGGGUGGCUACGCCGUCGGCGGCGCCGCCCUCAACAAGCGCAUCAUCAACGGCACCGCCGACACGGGCACCUCCAUCGUCUACCUGCCCACCGACAUCGCCGACGACUACUGGAACCACGUCGACUCGGCGCAAAAGGUCGAGGUCUCCGCGGGCCAGUACCUCUACGUCUUUGACUGCAGCACGAGCCUGCCCACCUUCUCGUUCGGCGUCGGCAGCGGUCGCAUCACCAUCCACAGCGACAACCUCAACUUUGCUCCCAACGACGGCAACACCUGCGUCGGUGGUAUCGGCGGCAUCCCAGGCAACCUGGCCAUCUGGGGUGACGUUGCCUUGAAGUCGGGCUUCGUCGUCUACGAUGACGGCAACAACCGCCUUGGAUGGGCUGAGGGCGCUUAA